AUGUCUCCGGACAAAAAGAUCCAAGUACAGAAAAUCCUACAAACCUAUGAUGUAGACAUUUUCACAAUUAUGGAGGCUAACAUUUCGGAUGACAAACUGAAGUACUACCAAUUCCCAGGUUACACUCUGUACAAUCUACCUAAAUACCACCAAGUUGCAAGUGGAAUUCUAACUGGAGUUAAAGAAGGCCUCACUUCACACUACGACCUAAUCAAGAGUAUGGGCUCGACACAAGACAAAUGUGAAAUAAUUAGAUUAAAUGUUUGGAAAUGUCAAAACCACUUUAAGACAUAUGCAGUCUAUAAUCCACGCCAGAAUUGUCCCAACUUUGACAUUCUGAACAUCACGCACAAAACCAUAGUACUAGGAGACUUCAACGCCCACUCCACCAGAUGGGGCUACAAGGAUACAAACAUAGUUGGAAAGGAAAUUGAAGACAUGCUAAACAGCAACAUUCUGGAACUCAUCUAUAGCAAUGAGGAUCCGGCUACAUAUUUGCACUACAAUGGAUCCAGAACAACUCCUGAUUUACUCUUGGCUUCAAGCGACAUCAGUGAGCAUACACGCCGCAAAAUAAUUGACGAUCCUGGUUCUGGUCACAAACCAGUCAUUGCUAGUAUCACCAUCGGCAGCAAAAGCAUGUCAAGGAAAGUGCCAACUAAGCUAUCAUGGAACUUCAAGAAGGCUGACUGA